AUGACUGCUAGGUUUAAAGCUGGUGAUUUCAACCUUGAAGAUCAAGAACUCCCGGGUAGGCCCUCUACCACAGAUGAAGAUCAGAUUAAAAUACUGAUCGAGAAUAAUCCAUGCUAUAUGACACGUAAAUUAGCAGAAAUGUUAAAUAUGUCAAAAUCCACCAUCCACGAGCAUUUUGUGAAGUUUGGCUACAUAAACCGUUUUGAUGUAUGGAUUCCCCACGAUUUAACGGAGAAAAAUCUGAUGGAUCGCAUUUCCAUUUGCGACUCGCUCUAUAAAUGCAACGGGGAGACACCAUUUUUGAAGCAAGUAGUGACGAGGGAUGAAAAAUGGAUCAUUUACAAUAAUGUUGUGAGCCAAAAAGAUCUUGGGGAAAGCGGAAUGAACCUUUAG